GCUUCAGUUCGCCCCCAACGCACGCCUCCCGCUUUUGAAAUCAGAUCGAUCUCUUUCUCUCGCGCUCGUUGGCCGGAAAUGGCGAAGGUGCUCCAAGGGCAGAGCUUGCCGGCCGACGUGGUGCAGUUAAUCGAGCAGCUGGAGCGGCACUGCCUUGCCGCCGAUGGCUCCCUUGUCUCCAAGUCAUCCCACUCCGACCUUCAGCUCGCCAGGGAGGAGAUGUCCAGAGAAAGAACCCGCUAUUUGGAAGCCAUGGCGGUUUACUGUGAAGCAUUAGCAAUGGUUGAAGAAUAUCAGCAAUCCAUGUCUUCUGCGAAUCUUGGGAGUGGCAGAGAUUACUCUCAACAAGGGCUUAAGUGCUCCUCUCAGGUAUAUGAGGCUCUGGAGCAUCGCCUGGUUGUUGCUGAGGCGGCUCAAAGAUUGAGACUACCACUUAUUUCUAAAGAUGGCGAAAUUCAUGAAGAAGAAAUAGAGAAAUGGAGUACGAUGUCGAGCUCUCUUGAUAGUAGUAUCACACUCAGCUCGAGCUCCAACUCGACCAGUUAUGUAAAUAGUAAUGCCAGUAUGCUAAGUGGUGCUCCUUCGGCUAACAAUUCUGAUGUUGUUGAACUUGGUGUUGGCGGUGUACCCAAUUGUUUUCUGGGAAUAACGUCUAGUUAUUUAUGGCAAGUACAGCAACAACAACCCGCUCUGGAUGUGGACAUGAUAGAGUAUCAGAGGUCUGUUGUCCGGGAGAUUGAGUCUCGAUUAGAAGCAAAAUGUGACACAUUGGCUGAUGUAUUUGCAAUGGAUGAAAUUGAUUCAUCUUCAAUUAGUCAUAUAUCAACUGCUCGACUUCCAGAAAGGGUAAAAUUAAUCAUUGAAGAGAUCGAAAGGGAAGAGGCAGUUUUGCUUGAGGAUCUCAAUUCAAUGGAUAGAAAAUUUGCUGAACACUAUAAUGUUCUUGAGCAAAUCCUUGGGGUGCUGAUCAAGUUUGUAAAGGAUCUAAAACUGCAGCACCAGCAUGAAUUUGAUAAGUUGAGGAAAACCUGGCUUUGCAAACGGUGUCAAACAAUGAAUGCCAAACUAAGGGUUCUGGAGCAUCUUCUCUUGCGUGAUACUUACACCAAAGAUUCUGUACCUGCUUUGCAUAGAAUACGCAAGUACCUUGUGGAGGCUACAGAAGAAGCAUCUAUUGCUUACAACAAGGCUGUUACACGUCUCCGAGAGUAUCACGGUGUUGACCCACAUUUUGAUACCAUUGCGAGACAAUACCAUGAUAUUGUAAAGAAAUUGGAGGGCAUGCAAUGGACAAUCCAUCAAGUUGAAAUGGAUCUCAAACGCUCUCUCAAUCAUUCUGUUUCUUAAGUUUUUGUAUCUAGUCUAGUUGGCUGCAUAAUAUCUCAUUCCACUCACCGUAUUUGAGGCAAAUUUCUUUUACUGCAUCAGGGCAGACAAGUUUCUCUUCAAUCUACCCUUAUGUUUGUGUCACCCAUUUCUGAGUCUGAUCGCAUUUCAGAAUACAUUGGAGUGUUCUGUUCAUAGAAUAUUUAGAAGCAUCUCUGGUUUGUAUUAAAAACUAGUGUUGUUUUCAGUUGUAUGAGCUUGUUGUUUGUGAAGAAAUGGACUCAUUGAUCAAACAAACAGACCAAACAGGCAAUGGUGACGAUGAAGAUCAACCGUCUCUGAGAAAGAUGGUAUUCAAUUAAAGUUGGCAGAUGGGUGUUACUUUGAAGAAAAUUGUUUGUGAUAGACUGAGAUUAACGUAUAAGUUGUUGGGUUUCUUCUGUAGAUAUUGUGGAUUAUUGUGGUGAAAUUUGUUUUAUUUUAUUUUAUUUUUAUUUUUGAUUCACCAGGUGUGGCACUAAGAGCUUUAUAGAGAAGAUAGGAUGUUUGAAUUUGAAA